AGUUGGUACCAUUGGUUUCGAAAGACAAAAAGCAGUUGCGGCGUAUGCACCGCCGGUGCACCGCGUAGUAGAGGGUUAUAUUGCUUGUUACUUCUGGAGUUAAUUUCUUGUGGACAGCUUGUGGAUGUGAGCAGAGCAGAUCCGAUGGCCCCAAAGAAAAAUUCAUGGGGCACAGCAGCUUAUCGGCAUCGCGUUAUGUCUAAAAUCGAAGAAGCUGUUCAGAAAUCGUCUUUACCACCGGCGAGAAGUAGUGUUGAGAUGGAGAAAGAUAUCUUUCGGAGAUCCAAUUCAAAGGGGGAAUAUGUAGCUGCUGCAGCACGUCUUAUUCUAGAUUUUCGACGAAUGGAAAGGAGACCUGAGACUCCACGAUUGUACAUAGGUGUUGGUGGUAAUAUGUCUCAUUGUCAUAACCAUUGUCAUGUACUUUCUCCAAUAUUUUUGGGAGGAGCUUAGCCUGAAAGACUGGCAAUGAGAAUUAUAUUUUCAGAAUUAAAUUCUAAAUUUUCAUUUAAAAAAAAUUAAUUCUAUUUUUAAAACUUUUUUUUACUAGUUUGUCAGCAAAUGUAGAUAUGCAAUUGUCAAAUUGUUAAAAAAAAUGUAAUGUUGACAUUUGGUGACUAAUGUGUUUUUGAUCAAACGUCCUUCUUCUUGAUUUUUGUUCUGUACUUCGAUUUUUGACAUGACUCUAUAUAGAAAGGGAACUUAUGUAUAAGCAUUGGAUGUAGUGUAAAGGAAAUUGAUGUAUGUUGUGUGUGUAAAUUUAUUGGAAAGUUUUUUUGUUGUUGUUUUUUUUGUUAAUAUAAAAAUAAUGCUGUGAUGUUUGUAUUAUUGUCCAAUCUCAAAGAGAUUAAAAAAAUUCAGUCAAAUUGCUUAUAUAAAAUGAAUAUGCUGUAUAAUUAUUAAUAAUUAAUUUUUCUUCUGUAAAAAUGACACCUUUUGGAAUUUCAGUUUCUCCUGUAAAAUGUCAUAUGACUGUAUGUUAUGUUACAAUAAUUGGGUUUUACAUGAAAAUUAGUAAAUUACUAUGUAUUUAUGCUCUUUAAUUUAAAGUACAAAUGUUAUUUCUUUUGUACAAUUUGUUUAUUUUGUAUUCUAAUUGCUUAUAAAAAAAAAAGUUCAUAUGCUAUCAAAAUGGAAAGAGAAAAUAUUGACUAUUGUGAAUUUCUAAUCAAUUUUCCUUUGUCAGUUGCUAGUGACCUUGUGUAGUUUUAAGACCUUAUAUAGUUAUAUUGUUAAAGUUGUAAAACAAAAGCUACUUCUUGGUCUUGUAUUCCUGGGGGUCAAAGCUUGACAAGGUACCUUGUGGCUGAUAUCUGUAGUCUUACACCAUUAAAUACCAGAUACUCUCCCUGCUUGACUUGGGUUCCCUGUCAGAAAAGUGAUAGAGAGCGGAUGGUCAGCAAACACACUCUUCUUGUGGUGGCGCCUGGGGUACUUGGUCGCAAAGAAUAGAAACCAGUCCUUUAGAGGAGAGCAAGGGCGAGUUUCUGUUACUUUACAACAGGAACCCUGGAAUCAUGAGAAUGGUGGUAGGAAAAAGAGGGGAAUCAGCUCUGUUGGCACAGAGUAGCCAAUCUGGGAGAACAAACCCUGAUCCUCAAAAGACUGUGGGGGAGGGUCAUUAAAUCAACAGCUGGCUCAAAUGUGUGGGUGUUGUUGCCUUAAUAUGCUUAUAAGCAGGCUAUUAAAAAGUUUGAACUACGCAAAAAUGUUUAAAAAAUGUUUUUUUUUCUUGUGUAAAUCUUUUUUAAACUUUUGUUUUAAAAAAAAAUUCUAUAUUUUUACAUACCAACUUUUUAAAGUUGCAUAUCUAAAUAGACAUGAAAAAAAACAGAUGUUACUAGAUGGAUCUAUUCUACACUGUAAAUUGUAGUUUUGAAAGUGAAAGUAGUUUCUUAUUGGAAACCAACUUUGAAUGGCCAGCAACCAAACUGUGCAUGACAGCAUAUACUAGGCUGGUAUCAAUGGGUAUCUAAACAUUCUAUACUGAGACUUGUUUCAAUAGCACAGAAUAUCAAAUGGUCAAUUUAAUUUUGUAUUAGAUAUUGAGAUUCUGUGUCUGAUCCUUGCGACAUUGUGGAAGUACCUAAUACCCACGCAACAUUCCUGGACUGAUGGCUUGGAGAAAUGCAGGUUGAAUUUGUUUUUACUUUUAUUUUGGUGGACAUGUGUACAACCAUAUAAGGAAGAUUACAUCACACAAACAUGUUUCAAAGCGUAAAACUACUUGCUCUUGCAUGUACAAAUCUAUGACUAAAGAAUGACAAGUAUUCUAUUGACUUUUUGGAUGUAAAAAUUCACACAAGUUGAAAACCUGUUGAUCUAGCUUUUUAAAUUAUCCACAAUAUUUUGGGAUAAAUUUAUUAAGGCCAUCAUAAUAUUUCUUAGAUUGUCGUAUAAUUAACAAUACCAUAAUAAAUUAGCAGCAGUGUUGUAAUUCACACCUCAUUUGCACAAUCCUGAAUUAACAAAAUUAAAUGUGUUCAUGCAGUACGAAUAAAAGAACCCUAAAAACCAAGGUGAGGAAAGACACUCUCCUAAAAUUUUAUAAAACAUUAGCUGUGUCAACUGGUCUCUAUAGAAGUGAAAUGUGGGUAACAAUAAAUCUUGCAGUAGUAUUCAAGCUUCUGAAAUGAGAUUUUUGAGAUCAAUAUUGGGCUUUACAAGAGAACUCAGAAUAAUAAAUGACUACGU